AUGGAAAGAAUGACAGAGGUUCAUCGUCACAUUCUUCAAAUGAUGAUGGCACACAAAUUUAUGGCUGAAGAUGAAUUGACUCGAAAAUUAGAAGAUUUUAAGAAUAAUUUUCAAUAUGAAACUCUGGUGCAAAAUAACAGUGAAGAACGAUUUGAUAUUGAUCUUUCCGAGUUUAUCACAACAAUUAAUUCUGCACUAAAUUUUAUGGAUAUGAAAAUAGUUAGAGAACAACAUCCAAAGACAAAGAAAAUAUUAUAUACAUUAAUUAAUCAAACGGAGGAUGAAAUUUCAAAGCUUGCAACACGUUAUUCUAUUGAUGAACUGGAAUUAUUUAAAAGUAUUUGUGAAGCAAUAGCUAAUGAUAAUGAUGAAAUUCUAACAAUUGUUGUGGCAACAAGUAAACGUCCAAAAGCACUUUCAGUGGAGGCUGCAGAACAAGCUAUCAGAUUAUUUAUAGAGGAAGGCUGGUUAGAAAAUUUACCAGGUCAAGGAUUGAAAUUUGGAUUUAGAUCACAAACUGAUUUGGCCAACUAUAUUUCUGAAUUACAGACUCUGGAAGAAGAAGAAGAACCACAAGGAGAAGAGGAAGAAGAAGAAUAA